UUUUUUAACUUUUUAUUAUUUUAUUAUUUUUUUUUGGCACGGGCAGCAUGCCAGCAGUUUUCCUCCUACUCCGCUCCCUGGUCAUCAGGCUCCUCGGUAGCAGGGCGGCCGGCUCGGUGGUCCAGUUCCUCCGGAGAGGCCUCUCCAGGGCGGCUGUCCACCUCGGCACCGCGCUGCGCAACAUCUGGGACCACGUUCGAUCCCAGCAGUCCAAGGAAGCCGUCCUGGGCUGCGUGCUGUGCAUUCUCAACAUGCACAAGAAGGUGGAGAACUGAGC